AUGUCCUUGAACAAGAUUGAAAAAACCCAGACUGCAGCAAGUAAACAACUUAAAGGAAGUGAAGACGUGGAAGUUGCCAACAAAGAGGAACAAAGCGGAACAGCCAAUCAUGAAUCAACAUGCAGCCAUGAUGAGGAUGAAGGAUAUAAAAGAAGGACUCGGGAGGGGGAGAGAGUGCAUGCAUUACCAAAAAUAGAAGGAAAAGAAAAAACAAUAAUUAGUUAUGAAGGAGAUAAAGUUGUGAGGAUGUGUAAAAGUUCAAAUUAUACUCCCAUCACUUGGAACUGGUACCUGACCAACGGAAAGCGUAUUAUUUGUCCUAUGGUAAACCCUGGUCAUCAGAUCUUAAUAUGUAAGGCUGCCUUUGUCAGUGGAGAAUCAACAAAGGUAUCUCAUCUCAUCCCAAAUGAAUUAAGCAAGAUUGCCAUUAAUGAAUCUUUGCUGUCAGACAAAUAUGUAAAUGAUCGAGUACCUGCCAACACAACCCAUCUCAAGAUACUGAAGCUCACCAAGGAAGAUUGUGGUGCAUACUGGUGUGAAGCUGUUUUUAAGCUAGGAAAAAGUAGAGGAAAGCUGAAGCUUACAGUUCUCACCUUCAUGGUGCCACUCACACCAUUUCUAGCAAUAGUGGCUGAAGUUGUUAUUCUUGUAGUUAUUAUUUUCCUUUGUGAAGUAUAUUCCAAAAAGAAAGAGAAGCGUGCAG